CUUUCAACUAUCCCGCUUGUAGUUUCUUGCUGCCCAUCUCAGCCAACUUUACUCUCUGCGUCAAUCCCCUGAUGGCCUCGCCUUCCGCUGAUGACGGAGUGACAGUCGCCCUCACCGUAACCACGAGCUCGCCGACAUUGUCGCUUUCCUCUUCUCACUCUCUGGAGGUGUUUGUCCACGCCCGCGUCAUCCGUUCCACGUGCCCCGGCCGGUCAGUUACCAUCGCUGCCGACCGGUCAGUGUUUGCAGGUGAGGGUUUAGAGGUCGGCGUUUUUGGGCCCGGCCUCACCUCCAGACAGAAUCCCCAGCGGACGAUCAAAUUUGGUAUCAUUAGACCCCGCUAUUGUGACGACUUUGAAGGGCCAAGUUUGUCCGAAAGAGGGUACCGCCUCCUCACCAUCCCAGCCGAUGGUACGGACAUUGUAGUACCUUAUGAAAUACCACUUGAUCGGCUAUUCAAACAUUCUACACUUCGUCCGGAAGAUAUUACACCCGGGGAGGAGUUCGAGAUCAAAGUCUACCAUGGUCGAUGCGAGGUCUUGUGGUGGUGCUGGGGUGAUGUAGAAGGCGACCUCAAAGGGAUGAACCUACACACAUGGUCGGAGGGAGGAAAUUAUCUGUGCUCGUUUGAUGAGCGACCGAGUGAAGAUGAGAUCGAGAAAGGGAACUACAUCCUGGGAGGGGAUGUGGACAGGUUCGAGGUUGAGGAUCAAACAGGGCCAGUUGCUACCACGAUGAUCGCAUAG